AGUUGGUGCCGUGACUCCGGCCGCGUGUGACGUGCCACGAGGUGCGCAGGCGUCGCCGUUCUCGUCCCGUCACGCGGGCGCCUGUCACGGACGACGCCUCCGACGAGACGGCCACCUGCGGCGUCGCCAGCAGCUGCGGAUUGGCGGUGAAGCUAUGGAGGGCAGCGACCAGCUCGGUCAUUGAUGUUUACUGAGGAUCUGGAAGAGAGGGACGAUGAGAAAUGGAUCCAGUGUCCCCAGCCGUUCGAGAAUCUGAUCCUUACCGGGAGAUCGAGCUCUACCUCGAGAAAGUUCAGGAGGAGAUCGGCGACGUCUUCGAACACUGGCAGGAUGUGGAGCCCGCUGCUCCGAAGCCAGCGCAGUCCCCCGAGGCAGAGGCUCAGUUGCAGCCGCUGCCGGACUCUGACCCCGAGCCGCCGCAGCAGCCGUCCGCGGAUGCGGGCCCUGAGCCCGCUCCGGACCCCGAGCCGGAGCCCGAGCCGGAGCGCGCGGCGGCCAGCACGCAGGUGAGGGGCGGCGAGCGGCGCCGACGGCCGCGGUUCCGGCGGCCCGCCAAGCCGGCCGACGAGCGCGACGAAGGCGACUGCCCGCAGCCGCUGGCCGAGUUCGACGCGGUGGUGGCCCGCGAGCUGAGCGCGCUGCGCCUGGCCGGCACUCCGCCCGCAGACGCCCAGUCCUCGCCCUCUCUGUCGCUGUCGCCGUCGCCGUCCCCCUCGCCGCCGGUCAACGGAGGGCUGCCCUCCGGUGCGGUGGACGCGGGCACGCAGACGUCGCCGACGCUGUCCCGCAGCUCGAGCCUGACGUCGGACUGGUCCUUGGCGCUGCCGUGCAGCCACUCCAGCGCCUCCAGUACCGCCUCCUGCUGCGAGUCCGGGCUGGGCACCGCCUCUCCGAGGCUCGCCGCCACCCAACUGUGGUCGGAGCAUGAAGGCGCACAGUGCAGGAGCGCCGAUGACCUUCUGCUCUCCAAGGUCCAGGUAGCUCCGGGCCCGCUGUCCGCCUCUGCCACCAAGUGCUCCUCGGCGCCGCUGCUCGCUGGCUCCCAGAAUUCAACGCUGAAGAAGUCGCGGCACGAGAGGCAUAUCCCAGAGAUCGAGUCAGCAGAAGCAUGCAAGUGGCUUCGUGCAGCGGGAUUCCCUCAGUAUGCGCAGAUGUACGAAGAUGGACAUUUCCCCAUCGACCUGAACAGCGUCCAUAGGGACCACCCGUUCCUGGACGCGGACUCGCUGAAGUCGCUCUUCCGCCGGCUGCACACGCUCAACAGGAGCGCUGCUAUCAGAGUCGACAAGACCAAGAGCCACGUGUCUGCUGACGACAGUGAGGAGGAGCUGGAGUGCGCGCUCAGCGAGCAGUGGACGUUCCAGGCGCGUUCCAGGCGCUGGUCGCGGCUUGAUGACGCGAGCGCGGCGGGGGUGGACCAGGAUACGCUGCGCGUGCCCAGCCAGAGCUCUGUGCACGACCAGGAGCGCGACCACGACCGCGACGCGUCUCCCGGGUCGUCCGCCGCCGCGUCGGCGGCCGACGCCCCCGCGUCACCCAGUGUGCGCCGCAGCGGCAGUGAACGACUCAAGGACAGCGCGCGGGCCCUGCUGAAACGCGUCGACAGCCUCAAGGCGCGCCGCCGCAAGCGCCUGCACCGCGAGGCCGCCGUCGUCCAGGGCCCGCAGCUGGAGGUGUCGCUGUCAGACUCGGAGGUCGGUCCGACGAGCUGGCGCGCCCAACAUGACAAGGUGUUGGAGCUGUUGGACGCGGACAGCAAGGGGUCACAGGAUGAAGACCUCAACAGGCCUUCGGCGAGUGCCAAUCUGCGCGCGCAGCUGCGGGGCGGCAGUCUGCGCCACCAGACGCCGGUCCAUCACCCCUUCCACAAGGCCGAAUCAUUCGCCGCAGGGGGCAGCGAAUCCGCACUGUCGGCUUCGCUGGAUAGCCACGAGUCGACGAGCACGUUGGCUGACAGCGACCGCGACGAAGCAGAUGCCUCCCCGCGGCACAGGUGCGUGCGCUGGCACAGCUUCCGGCGGGCCGGGCUGACUGCGGCUGCAGUGGCGGCGGCGGCGGCUGCUGCCGGCUGGGAGCGGGACAAGGAGGAGCGGCGCACGCAGAGGCAGCGGCAGCGCCGCCAGCUGGGCGCGCUCUCCGCCGGACAGAUGCUCGUGCUGCGCAAGCUGGCGCUGCUCAAGCUCACCGCCUGCAUGGAGAAGUACUGCCCCACUCACCGCUCCGGCUGGAACUGGGAGCUCCCCAAGUUCAUCCGCAAGAUCAAGACGCCAGACUACAAAGAUAAGAGUGUGUUUGGAGUUCCACUGGUCGUAUCAGUGCAGCGAUCUGGCCAGGCCCUGCCUCGCUGUAUCCAGAUUGCCUUGCGCUGGCUUGAAAAUAAUGCCCUUGACCAAGUUGGGUUGUUCCGCAAGUCUGGAGUGCGCUCUCGUAUACAUAAACUGAAGAUCAUGACAGAGACUCAUGGAGACCUUGUCAGCUAUGAAGGGCAACAAGCUUAUGAUGUUGCUGACAUGGUAAAGCAAUAUUUUAGGGAGCUUCCAGAUCCACUAAUGACAAACAAGCUCUCAGAAACAUUCAUAUCAAUCUUCCAGCAUGUAUCAGUGGCAAGCCUCCGUGCUGAAGCUGUACGUUGUGCACUGCUUCUGCUGCCUGAUGAACACCGAGAAGCACUACAGGCUCUAUUGUGGCUGUUAUCAUGUGUAGCUCAACAUUCCAGUGUCAAUCAGAUGACUGCCAGCAAUAUUGCAGUAUGCCUUGCUCCCUCCAUUUUUCAACUGCAGCCUGAGCUUGCUGAAAACCGGGCAGCUCAUGACUGUCUUCUCUACCUUAUCACAGAACACAAACAUCUUUUCACAGUGACAGAUGAAAUGCUCUCCCAGUGUCACUUUAACUAUAUGGAAGAAAGUGUUCCAGUUACAAUGGAGGAGCUAGGCAGUGACAUGCACCAAGACUGGCGAGGGUAUCUUUAUGCUUGCACUACAGCUCUUCUCAAGGAAGCAAGAGACAGAAGUAGAGGCUGGAUCUUUGUACCAUGCACAGCUGAUACCUUAGUGGAAAUGUCAUACAAAAAAGUUGGUGAUGGUCAUCCACUUCGUCUGUGGCGGGUCAGCACAGAAGUUGAAGCACCACCACAGGAGCUGUUACAAAGGGUACUUCGGGAGCGUCAUAUGUGGGAUCAUUCUCUUCUAAAAUGGAGGGUUGUUGCAAAACCUGACACUCGUGGGGAAGUAUUCCAGUAUGUGUGCUCAAGCAUGGCUCCGCUGCCUUCCAAAGAUUAUUGUGUGCUCAGGUCUUGGAGAACAGAUCUCCCUAAAGGAGCAUGCAUAAUAGUUGAAACAUCAGUAGAGCAUGCUGAAGCACCUAUAAUGCCUGGUGCAGUCAGAGGCAUUGUUCUAGCUUCAAGGUACCUAAUUGAACCUUGUGGAUCUGGAAAGUCUCGCAUAAUUCAUCUUUCCAGAGUUGAUACUAAGGGACGUACCCCAGACUGGUACAAUAAAAGCUAUGGACAUAUUUGCGCUAUGUACCUAACCCAUAUUAGGUGUUCAUUCAAACAUAAUAGUGAUGGGCCUGAAAGUAAAGUCUGAGAAGUAAAACAUUGGUGUUCACUGAAAAACAGUAUUUUUAGUUCUUGAAGUUUGGAUGCUGAGUUCUGAAGAUUAUUAUGAGGCUGACAUUCCAUCAGCCUUCCAAAAUGGCUAAUUAAAUGUACUAAGUGUUAAGAAUUCAAGAAAUUCUUGAAGUAUUCAUGAUUAUGUGAAGUAUUGGUUUCUAAAUGAGUAUAUAGAGUAUUGUUUAUGAUAUAAUUGUGGUGCUUGUUUCUAAAGCCAAUAUUUUUUUCUUUGAUGCAUGCAGGUAUAGAAUUUUCAACAGGAAGCUGUUGUGGCAUACAUUUGCAUUUAGUUUUGACACAUUCCAGACUGAGCUAUUGGGCUAAGAAAUAAUGAAAUAUUGUAGUUGUUCCAUAAACCCAUUUUUCAUAUGGGUAACAUUGUGCAUCGUGCUCAUGGGAUCAGCAGAAUUAGUUCCUGUUGAAGAAACUGUGAAAUAUUCAGAUUUAAACCUGCUUGUGCUCAACCUUGUUCCUUGUUUUGUAGUUUGUUGUUGAAGGAAAGUAUGAAAUUUAUAUAAUUUAUUAAGCCUGCUAAGUGAUGUUGACAUAGAAACCCAUAUUAUAAGUGGAUGACUAGAGCUUUUGAAAAAUUAUUUGGCAACAUAAAUAAUUUUCUUGUGAGUAGAAUACAGUAUAAAAUCUGUUUUAUACUCUGGAUAUCAUGUAGAUCAUUUAUGGGAUAACAUACUCCAGAAUAAAUUAAUUCUGUCAAUAUAUAUAUGUGUGUCAAUAUGUAUAUGUCAAUUGUGUCAAUAUGUAUUACAUGUUGUAAAGAUAUAUUUGAGUGAAAUUAGUCUUUGGACAAGAAAUGAUUCACUAUUUACAGGCAAGUUUGUGGACUUCUGUGUGUAUCUGAAUAAUUAUGCAUGUUGACAUUAGAUGAAACAUCGGUGUUACAACAAUGUUAGUGAUGAUGUAACCAAAAUAAUUAUAACAUUAAGAACACAUAAAUAAUAAUAUCAGUAAUAGUAACAAUAACAAUAAUAAUGUAAUGAAGUAAACUUUUUGUUUUAUGCUUUUUUUCCUUCUAGAGAAUGCCUGGAGGUCAGAAAAACCAAUGUGUGUUUCAUAGUCUUUUAUCUAAGUAUGACAGUUUUGUAUAAACAGUCAUAAUUAUUAUUCUUCCGUAAAACUGAAGUAAAUGUUAUUUUGUACACUAUAUGCUAAAUGUAAUAUUUUAUACAAAUAUUAAAGUGAGAAGUGAAAGCCACAGUGCUUGGGAUUGUAUCAAAGAUCUAUUAAAAUAUAAGUAAGAAUUAUAAAAUCAAAUUCUUAGGUAUCUGUUGAUCAGUAAUUACUCACUGUUAACCAAAAAGUCCUGAAGUAUUGGAAAUUAUAUUACAUGAGCAACAGUUCAGUUUGGUAAAUUAUGAUAGUUAGGGCUUAACAAAAUAUCAAGAAAUGAAGAAAAUGAUUCAGUCACUAUUGUUUGGACAAUACUGAAAAUAUUUAUAGAUGUUUUAGAUUAAUACCAGUGUAUGGAUGUUUAAGAAUUAGAUGAAAAAGACAUGUCUACUGCACCAAAGAAAUAUUCGUGACUCUGAAAAUUGUAUAUUAUAAAUUAUAUGGUAGUAGUAGUAUUAGUAGUAGUAGAAAUAGUAAAUGUGUUCAACUGUAUGUGCUGAUGUGCUAUUCACUAAUGACAUGUGCAAACUUUGAUUUCUUAAGUUUCUGUGGUUUUUUUUUCUGCUGGAAGUACUGCAUUCUCCUGUAAAAGUAACAUGUUCUCUCUGUUCAGUUUCAGUAUCUGUGACACAGCCAUAUUGUCUUUUCAUUUUAUAAUCUCUUUUCAUACCUCACCUCCUUGGCAAGUGCUACAGCACCAACAAAAUUCUUAUAUGAGCAUAUUACUUAUCCAGUAGGAUUUAAAUAAAUUAGUAGUAUGUGAUAUGAUUAUCAACAUAACACAUUAACAAGAAAUUUAUGAAAUACUUCAGCAGAUUAUAAUGACCCAUGAAAUAGUCUUGUCAUAAAACCUUUGGUAAGAAUAUUUUUGAGACCAUUAUUGACUUAUUGGUUAAUAAAUCAACUCCAAAAUAAAGGGAACAAAAGUGGAAAUUGAGCUCUCAAAGAAAACAGUAAAAUAAAUAUUAUUCCUUACAACCCAUAAAAAUAAUUACAACUGAAAGCACUGUAACUGCAACAAUAUCUAGUAAUGUCAUGCAUAAGAACUAUGUGCAAUUUAUAAAGUAAAUUUUUCUUCGCAUACUCUUUGUAUUAGGCCUAGUAUUACCAUCCAUCUGAACAAUACAAAGCCUUUCACUUGUCUAAUUAUCAUGGUAGAAUUUACCAAACAUGUUUGCUUACUGUUAGUACUGUCAUUCUGAUUAGUUAAUUAUUUGCCUUAUUGUUUUUAGUUUACAUGUUCCCAUUAUACAUACAUAUAUAUAUCUCACAAAAACUUAGAAUACAUUUUACAAAACAUAUAACUUAUCAUGCGUUGUACUGACAAAAAGGAAUGUAAAUUAAAUGGUAAUUAUUAACAUGUUUUUUUGUGGUUAUGAAAAAAUAUGUACCUAACAAUCUGUUCUUGUUAUCAAUAUCUGUUCAUUACAACAAGUGAUCUUGGAUGCUAUUUUCAUUCUUCAUUGGACAUGUUUCAGAUUGUUUAGAAUGGCCGUUACCUUUUUCUGAUUUUAUUUCAGUCAGUAACAGUUCUGUGAUGAUUAUCAAAAUAUAGAACAUAGAACGUAAUAUGACCUUUACCAAAGAAAAAAGUUCUAACUAAAAAAAAGUUUGUGAGAUGAACGAAGGAAACAAAAUUUCAGAAAUGAGUACAGUAAUUCUGAAUUUUUGUGAACAAUACUGUCUAGAUACAAUAACGAUCUUUUUUUUUAAUUAUGACAUUAGUUCACUACAUAUUUUUGCUACUGAUAUUAUCAGAUCAAAUUUAUAAUUUGUUAUGAAACAAUGUAAUAAAUAACAAAAUCAUUAUGUAUUAUAAACAUAAUUAUCACCAAGAAUAAUGUCAUAAAUACAGUCUAAUUUCAUUUCCUGAUUCAUUGUGCAGCAAAGUAUAAGUAACUGGAAUUAAAUGGUGGAUGUAAUUUACUUUUUACAGUAAGCUAUGUAAUCAGUAUGAAAACUAUUUAUGGCCAUCCAUUUUAUUUCAACAUUUGUAGUGGCUAAUCUCAGAAAUACAUCACUUCUGCUGAAAAUUUUAAGAAAAUCAUGAGAUGAAUAAGAAAAGAAACUAUGAUAGAAGUGAUAGCUUUAAUUCAUUAGUUGUAAUAGGCCACCAUAUGUGGAGCAUAUGUGUCAAAAUGUUUCAUAAACUGAUGAGUAAUUGCACAUGUUGGAAGGUUACUGUAACAGUUUACAUUUUAUUGGCUGUUUGGUCAAUAAAUAUUCAUCAGAUGAAGGAAGGUGUUGUAAUAUUGAUUCACAGUCAAACAAUGAUGUUUUAAUAUUACUGAAGGCUUUUAUUAUGUUCUUAAGAUGCCAGAUAUUGUGGCAGAAGCACUGCAUAUUCAUUCACAUGUGAAUGCUGUAUUUCUGUAUGAUUUAUGUAAAUGUCAUUGGAAGACUGUAAAUUUGAUGAGAUUAGUCAUCUGCAGGCUCUGUGUUAGUAAACAGUACUCUACACUUUUAGAUGAAAUGAGUUCGAUCUGUUAAUGAAAAAAUAAUCUGCAUUGGUGAAGUGACAGGUAAUAUGUCCCAAUCUGAAAUUCCCCUCAUACAAAAAAUACUUUUUUCCAAUACUUCUUUGGAAUCUUCUGAUAAUCUUUCUUCUCAUAAUUGUUGGUUAAAAAUGAUGAUGCACUUGCUCAAUAUUAUGUCUCACUUACACAGAUCUCGUUGGUUUCAUUUUCUCUCUGUCCAAAAGCCUGGCAUUCUCUUUAGCAUUUUACUGAAUUUAUUGUUUCAAUUCAAGUUAUGAGACUCAAACCAUACAGCUUUUCUCUUACCACCCUGAUAAAUAAUCCUGAUGCAGAUCAUAGGUAUUAUCUGUAUACAAUAGACUAAUUUGAAGUAUGCACUCUCAUAAAAUGCCAGCAACCAAAGUGGUUUUUUUUUUUUUCAGCACUAAAGUCAUUUAAAUCAGCCUUGGCCACAUACAGAAGGGAUCUGGCUUUCAGCUAUGUAAAUUACUUCUGUUUUUCCUGUGAGUUUAGUUUCUCUUAUAUCCCUUGUACUUCCCUCCCAUCCUCUGCAGUUUCAGUAUCAGAAUCUUACCACAUGCUACAUUUUCCUAUAGGCCUACUGACCAAUAUUAUUUCUCUUCCUCUCAUUUUUCAACUCUUGGUUGCAUUUUACUUUCAUGUUCCCCUUAUUCUAUCUUACCUUCCCACAUUUCGACAUCUGUACUACCUAAAUGUUCCUCCCACAUCUUCAGUAUGUCAUUACCACUACUACUAACUGUAUAUUUUAUAUGAGCUGACUGUGUUAAUACUAGUAGAUUGUUAUGAAAAUGUUGUUUUAAUAUAAGUUACUGCUCACUUCAGAGUUGAGAGUUUUAUUGAGUUCUGUUGCCCCAUUUUACCUGUAGGGCUGUACUUGGCUUUGUCUUCAGAUUCUUGCCUUAGAAUCUAUGUCUGAUUCAUGUUGUCUUAAGCUUUCAAGAAAAAAAAUCAUUCCAAAAGCUUAAGCUACAAUAGCUACUUUUAAAUGUUUCUGUUGUCCAUGUUAUUUGUAAUUACCUAAGAUAUUAAUUUGUACAAAUGCAGAUAAAUGUGAAUCGAUGUGACCAAACUGAAUUUCAUGUAGUCCCUUUUGAAUACUGUUUGGAUGUUUGAAGUUGAAAGAAAGAAACUAGUCACUGUUGUUACUUUUUUUUAAAAAAGUUGUAAUUUUAUUUUAGUUGAUAAGACACUUUAGAAGCUAUUGCUGUCUUGUGCAUAACUAAAUGCUCAAAUUAUUUGUUGAAUCGCAAAUAAUAUAAAAAUCUAUUAUUGCCAUGCCAUCCUAAAUAGCAGUUACAAAUCAGAUUUCUUAACUGCUAUACCCUUGUUAGAACAUCACAACUACUGUAUCUGUAUGAAACUAUACAAUGACAAAUUUUUCCAAUAGGCUUCUUGAGUAAAGUGUGCAUAUAAACACAGAUGUUCAUUAUUUACUUUUACAUGACUGUAUCGUAACAGAACAUUUAGUAAGGAAUUGUAAGAAAUUGUGCUAGUAGUUGUAAACCCCAGCUAUAUGCAUGACUUCCCUGUACCCCAUUUGUGGCAGCUGGCUGAGGUUAGUGUGUGGGAAGCAUAUUAUUAGUUGGCAGGAUGUUGGAAAGCGGAGUCCAUUGUUUUAUAAGGUUCUUGCACAUGGCCUUUUCUAUAUUGGCAGGGCUCUGGUUUCUUCCUGCAGGUUGGGAAAAGUGUUAGUUUAUAGACAAGUAAAUUGGCAACCUACAUCACAUUUAAUAACUUACGUGCAUUUGAUUACAUUAUUUAUUUUACAGAUAUGUUUUAUUUACAUACUUGUUAAUGUUACAAUAAUGUUUUCUCUAAUUUACACACUUUCAUAUUUAAUAGAAACAGCAAAGAAACCAAUUUCACACAUCCUGUUUGUUAGUUUUCAGUUCUGUAUAUGAAUUCCAUAAUUUUAUUUUAACCUCCAUCAUAAAAAUAUAUAUGAAGUUAACUGUGGAGGAAAAAGGCUUGCCAACUAUCUUCAUGUAAGAAACAUAAAUUACCGUCAAACAGAAAUAUGUAUAUGAACAGUUGUGCUAGAGUGACCAUUAUCUAUAAAUAUCAGCUUAUCAAAGUAUUGUAACACAUUAACUUCAUUCAUAAUUUACAGUCUUUUACAUGCCAAAAUGACAGAGUAACCUAUUUUUGUAUAAUGUCUUUGUAAAUAUGAUUACGAUGAUGGUUAUUAUUGUUGCUACUACUAUCCUUACUGUGAAACAUGUUAAUGUUAUAUGUACACUUAUUUGGAUGUUACUGUGUCAUAGUCAUAAACUAUAAAAUGCUACUGUGUGAACUGGAACAAACAAGUGUAAAAUUAACAAAAUUGUGCAUUUCUCUAUGUACCUGGAAAGUAUAAAAUAUAAAUGUAAUGUCUCCAUA